AUGGAGGUUGGGCUGAAGAAGAGACUAUACGCUGACGGGCUUGCUCGAGAAGUGCCGGGGGCCGGAGACGCGGCAGACCAGAUGGUAUUAGGAGAUUUGGCAGAUGAUGACACGUUUGAGAUCCCGUUGAAGACACGAUAUUCUCGGAACAGCAACUUUCCAGAGCUGGAUGAAGACUUCUCGUGCAUACGAGACAGCACAAACGGUAACGUUGAGAAGAAGGUGAGGUUUGACGCGGGCGAUGAGCCAGCAGUACGACGGAGUAAUGAGACCUCUGAGAGCCGAUCGGACUCUGCAAGGGGCAAGAAGAACGUAGAGGAUCUGUUGCAGUAUGCAAAUCAGCUCAACGACUACCUGGCGCAAAAUUUGGAUAAGAUUAAUACGUUUAGAUCGGCACUGCUGAGCGAUGAGCAACUUUACAUGCCGUUGAGUAACGCAGCCACCCAAGCAACCACGUUGUCUGCGUCGAUGUCGAACUUCGAGCUCAGUGAUAACGAGGGUGAAGACCAUGAUCUUCUUAGUCCCGCUACCACGGCACCGGAGAUCUCCGGAACCGACUAUGGAGUGCUCAGCAAAAGUAGCGACUCAUUGCUAAACACUGUACCAAGAAAUGUCUCCUCGGCUGACAGUUCGGACAGCGGCAGCAAACAUAGCACCGACCAUACCUUGGAGAAUUCGCCGCAGGUUGACAACACUGAUGUGUUGAAUUCCCCGGAAUUAGAUCAGCAUCUGCAAGAUCUAGCACUGAGACAACUAUUUAAGAGCAGAGAGCCAGCACUUGAAAAGGACUCUGGCAUAUUCUCUCCACAAGAACACUCACUAAUUUUGACUGAUGAAAAUACAGCUGUCCACGAGAUACCGGACCUUACCGAGGAGGAGGGCAUAACUAUUCUUCUGGAUACCAUUGAUCAUAUUCUUAAACUGUCUGAAAGUAAAGCUCAGGACGCUCCUGAGCAGGACACUGGCUCAUCAGAGUAUACCAUUUUCACCAUGAAGAGCACACCCACAGUUACAUGCAGCCAGCUGAUUGCGAGAAUGCAAUCCAAAUGCAUGUUUGGAUCGAUAGUUUACCUGGCGGCUACUUUCUUGAUCCAGACCUGCUUUCUGACACGAGACGAGCAAGGACAGCUGGUUCUCAGACGGCCGCUUACGCAGCGUCAGACGCACAGACUAGUCAUCGCAACCGUGCGGGUAGCAACUAAACUUCUGGAAGACUUCGUUCAUUCCCACCAGUAUUUUUGCAAGGUCUGUGGCGUCUCCAAGAAGCUGCUCACAAGACUCGAAGUCGCUUUGAUUAUAUGUCUGAAGAACGACGGUUUAAUGAUUACAAGCGAGAAACUCGCCGCAACAAGGCCGAUAAAUGCGGAACUAAAAUCCAAUGAACCCAAUUAA